UUAUACCAAGCACAAUAUACCACGACAUGGAAUCUCAAUAUGAUAGGAAUUCUAAUAAUUUAGCUGAAUAUUUCGUUGUUGCAGGGCUUCCAGAAAAAGAUCCAGAGUUAUUGGAAAACUGUAUUCCAGCUGAGAUGGAACCACCACAGGAAUUUAAAUCAAUUCCUCCUAUAAUUGAAUUGGCUAUAAUAUUUAGAAGCCUGGGAGAAGAACCACCUCCAGGUUUUGUUGUUAUUGAAAACACUCCCACAGGGUAUCCCGCAGAUUUAAAUCACGGAAGUUUAAGAAGUCCAAAUGUAUAUCUUUGUUAUAAAAGGGGACGAGAAAAACCUCCAAUAGUUGAUAUAGGAAAUAAUAAGUAAAAAAAAAGAAGAAAAUAAUGAAGAAAAAGGGAACAUUCAAGAUAUAAAAUUUGGC